GUAUUUAUUCUCAGCAAUAACCCUCGGCGCGCGGUGAUAACACUUUGGGUGUACUUUGCGCUGGGCCUUGGGUGGUUGGGCGCCUCCAUCGUUUACGUAACGAUGCUCUCGGGCGACGGGGCCGCCGGUUACGCGCGGUUCAAUUCCUUCCGCUGGCCGCUACGGUUCGGGUGGACACACACUGCCGAGCUGCUGAAAACGUUUCUUACCGUUACGAUAUUCUUCCACGAUCUCGUGCAAAUGGUGGUGAUCGUAAGCUACAGCCUGAUAUGCUAUCUGCUGCGCUGCUACUUGAAGGCCCUUAAAGAGAAGCUGCUUCUUCAUACGAUUGAACCGCUCAACUGGAUGAGGGAGAUCUGCGAGUUCCGGAAGCUGCUACACCAUCUGAACACGCGGAUUUCGCUUCCGGUCGCCAGCCUCACGGUGCUGAAUCUCAGCUACGCCGUGUCGAGCGUUGUCCAUCUGUUUCGCGAUAUGACGGCGUGCCCGAUUAACAUAUUCACCGCCAACCUCACCAACAUCGUGCUCUGGCUGCUCAUCGCACUGUUGCCGUUCUUUCAGGCCGCCAGCUUAACUGUCACCUGCCGCCAAACGCAAUCCUGUGGCCAUCUGAUAAGCAUCCGCCCGUUCGUGCACCGCAACACGUCGUCUGAGGAUCUGAACACGGUCCUGCUGUACGCUUCGUCGCUGAAGAUGGCGGCCAAAUUGUUCCGGAUGCCCGUCCGCGCCCACUACCUGUGCUUCGUCGUGCUCGUCUGCAUCCUCACCGUCCUGACGUUCGGAAUGUGUCUCAACAUUUCGUCCGGUUGGCGCUAA